AUUAGGUUAUCAAAAUGAAUAAUAAUCAAAGAAAAAUUAUUUUAAUUAGAGCUAAUUUAUUUAGAUCAACAAAGAUUAUUGGUCGAAUGGUACUUUUAAAUUUAUAUUUUUUUAGAAUCCUUUUGUAAAAUUAAUUACAAAAAACAAAGAGUAUAAGUCAUCAAUUAAUAAAGGAGGGGAAAAGUAGCCUAUAUGGAAUAGCACAGAACUUAUUGAAGUUUAAGAUGGAGAGAAUAUAAAAUUAUUAAUAAUGGAUGUAUAAAUAGAUAUUAAACUAAUAGUUUAAUUCUAGAUCUAAUCCAGAAUUAAUUGCUGAAACAACUCUUAGUAGUCAUGAAUUAAAUGGAUAUUAUGGUAAAAAGGAUGUCCACUUUCAGAAUCAAUUAGUUGGGCAGAUAGAAUUACAAAUAUAGAAAAAGACGGAGAUUAAUCCAGAGUAUUUAGGUAAUUUCAAAUAAGUUUAAAAUAUACUAUAAAAUAACUAAACGAAUUAAGAAACACACUUAGGUCCUUAAUAUUAGUAUCCAUGA